AUGCUCAACAUCACCACUCUAUUUUUUCCAAAACUGGCAGGGGACGACAUUUACGGAGGCACAGAUCGGCUGCUGUCAAGAGUGGUGCCUCGUGCAGGUGUUGCUGUCAGGCGGGUCGACACAACGGACCUAGAAGCAGUGAGGGCGGCAGUGCAGGCAGACACCAAGCUGGUCGUCAUGGAAAGCCCCACUAACCCCCGCAUGAUGAUCAGCGAUAUCAGGGCUAUAGCGGACAUAGCCCACUCAGUGGGCGCGCUGCUACUGGUAGACAACAGCAUCAUGUCUCCGGUGCUGUCGAAGCCGCUGCAGCUGGGAGCAGACAUUGUGAUGCACAGCGGCACCAAGUUCAUCAGUGGACAUAGCGACGUGAUGGCCGGCAUUCUGGCUGUGAAUGACCCAGACCUGGCUAAAGAGAUCUACUUUGUGCAGAAUGCAGAGGGGUCAGGGCUGAGCCCCUUUGACUGCUGGGUGUGCCUUCGGGGAAUCAAAACCAUGCCACUGCGACUGGAGAGGCAGCAGGCGAAUGCACAGAGAAUAGCCGAGUUCCUGAACAGUCACCCGCGAGUGGAAAGAGUGUUCUACGCCGGUCUGCCCUCCCAUACCAACCGAGAGCUGCAUUACUCCCAGGCCAAAGGUGCAGGGUCAGUGCUCAGUUUCACGACAGGUGACAUCGACGCAUCGAAGCACAUUGUUGAGACAAUGAAGCUUGCUAACAUUGCUGUCAGCUUUGGCAGUGUGGCGACGUCUAUCAGCCUGCCGUGCUUCAUGUCGCAUGCCAGCAUACCAGCAGAUGUGCGCAAGGAAAGAGGCCUUGUCGAAGACCUCAUUCGCCUCUCUGUGGGAUCAAUUUCAACUUCAUUGCUGCUCAUGGAGGAUUUUUUAGAAGGGAUCUGGCCGCACCUCUUCCCGUCCUGGUUCGAAGCAUUUACCGCGUUAAUAGCCGCCUCGUUUGUAGCCUUUCUCCUAUAUCUCACCCAACCCGAAGGCAGCGGGGAGAAUCCCUCCCCAGACGACUCUUCGGCCGCGUCUGCCGGGAAAACCGGCGUGAAUGGCGCGGAGGAAGAAGAGGAAGGGAACUGGGAGGAGGCGAGCCGACGUGUCAGGGAGCAGCAAGCUCGCGCGUUACUCGAGGCGCCAGAUCCGCUCACCGCCGCUCUCGCAAUCCCGGUGCGCCAGCUGGCAGCCGUGGAUUCGAAGAGAAUGGCGGCGGUUCCGGUGACCGCGCAGCCGUUGCUAGGGCUGAGUUCUAAGGAGGAGGAAACGCUUAUACCUGUGGCCAUAAUCCCCAGCCAGUCCCUGUCAUGCGCGGACACCCUUCCCCCUGCGCCAGUCCCCCUUAGCGCAGCAGUCUCCGCUGCCCCCGCUUCCGCCACUGCAGGCGCGGAUGGGGAGGGGGAAAGACACCUGUCCCCACUGAUUAAAGGUGCUGCUGCUGCUGGCGACAUAAUCAACGGCCCAGAUUUGAUCAUUGGUGGAACUCCUGAGAGGGGAACAGAGAAGGGGAGGCGGCCAGAGGGGAUCCAACGGUCAGCGUCGGACACUGCAGCGAUCUCAGCCGGAUCAACGGCUGGUGGCGCUGCGUUUGCUGCUGGAAGAACAGGGGGAGGCGCAGGGGGAGGAGCAGGGGGAGGAGCAGGGGGAGAAGCAGGGGGAGGGGGGAUUGGAGGAGUGGGUACGAAGGUGGAAGCGGCUGCAGAAAGGGCUGUGUCGCCAGUGGCGCCUCAACCCAUGAUAUACGAAGUGAAAGUUGAUCUGCUAGCGGCCAAGAACCUGCCGGCUGCAAAUAUUAGCGGCACAGCGGAUCCCUAUGCCAUCGUGUCUUGUGGCCCAGAGCGGAGAUUCAGUUCUGUCAUCCCCAGCUCCCGCAAUCCCAUGUGGGCGGAGGAGUUUCGCUUCUUUGCCCCCUGCCUGCCCGUGCUGGUAUCAGUGCGCACGUACGAUUGGGACAUCAUAUCGAAGAACACAGAGCUCGGAGCAGCUUCUUUGCUAGUCGAAGGAGUGGCUUUGCCUUUUACUGCUUGGUACCCCCUUGACAAGGGACUGGGGCAGGUAUGCUUGCAGCUGCAGGUGACAGCAGUACCAAGGAAUAAAGCGGACAGCACGGCAGCAAAAGGAGCGUCCAUAAGUUCAUCUCGCCUGCGCCGCCUCUCCCAGCAGCCCACGGGCACCGGUGCGGGCGAGGGAGGGGAGGUUAUUGAAGGGGAGAGGCCCGAGCAGCAGCAGCAAGAGCAGGAAGCGGGGAGGGGAACAGAAGUGCGGUUAAAGCCGGGACCGUUGCAGACGAUCUUCGGCCUGCCUCCAGACGAGGUUAUCCGGCAUUCCUUCUCGUGUGCGCUGGAGCGCUCCUUUCUGUACCACGGCCGCAUGUUCCUUUCAGGGGCGCACCUCUGCUUCCACUCCAACGUCUUUUCCAAGGAGCUCUCCGUGUGCAUUCCGUACCAAGACAUUGAGGAGGUUCGGCGCAGCACGCAUGCGCUGAUCAACCCAGCCAUGACGGUGGUGCUGCAUCUGGGCACAGGGGGACACGGGGUGCCGCCAUUGCCGAGUCCUGAUGGCCGAGUGAAGUACAAGUUUGCAUCGUUCUGGAACCGAGGCCAUGCCAUGCGCCUGCUGCAGGAGGCGAUUGCAGAGUUCUGGAAGACUGAAGAGGCAGCCGCUCUGGAGGAGGAGCAGGAUCGGUUACGGGCGAUAAGCAUGAGGGACGGGGCAGUGGAUAGUUUGUCAUCGAGAGGAGCGGCUUCGGAGGCGGCAGAGGAGGAGAAGGAGAAGCAACCCUUCCUUGACCUCACUGUGCUGGAGCACCUGCUGCAGUUCGAGGUGCCUUGCACGGCAGAAGCCUAUUUCAACCUCCUUUACUCCGAUUCAUCCGAUUUUGUUGUGGUUUACCGAGCCAAGCGCAAGGACACGGAGCUGAAGGUUGGCGAGUGGAAGGAAACAGAGCAGUAUGGAGGCAAGAUGAGAGAGGUGACCUACCGCUCUCUCUGCGACUCCCCCAUGUGCCCACCCUCCACUGCCAUGACUGAGUGGCAGCACAUGGCCUUCGCUGCUCCGGACCACAAGCACCUGGUGCUGGAGCUAAUAAACCAGGCGCACGACGUGCCGUUUGGGUCCUACUUUGAGGUGCAUGCACAGUGGACGGUCAGAACGACUUCCGACAACCCCGAGAGCCCAUCGUGCAGUGCCGAGCUCAAAGCAGGUGUUCACUUCAAAAAGUGGUGCAUGAUGCAAGGGAAGAUCCGGCAGGGAGCGCAGGCAGAGAUGAAGAGGAACAGCCAAGCAAUGAUGGAGAUGGCAAUGACAUACAUAGCUGAGCGCACACAGAGCGGUAACCAGCCUGCCGAUUGUAACGCCGAUGCUGCUGCUGGGAACGGUGGGGCUGAUAGCAAUGUUGAUAAUGGGAAAGGAAACGGGGGCGGUGUGAAAAAGGAGGGAGCGGAAGCAGGGGGGAUGGAAGGAAGGGAGAAUGUGAUUGCACUUAGUGCCUUGGGAAUGCCGACGCCGUACGCGCGAGAGCUGGCGUGUGGGAUCGUGAAGGACCACUUUGGCGACCAGGUGGAGACGGUAUGUCGCACUCUAUUGGAGAAGGGACAGCUGGGGCUGUCUCUGCAAGACCUUGCCCGCUUCACCGCCCUGCCUCUCCCCUCGCUGCGUUCCGCUCUCCUGGUGCUCGUACAGCACAACUGCGCCCAGGCCUUUCGGCCGCAGACUGAAGGUAAGCCAGGGGAAAAGGUUCUGGGUUUACCGUCUCCACGCUUUCCUUCUCCCUCAGGGUUCAGGGUGCAGGGUUUCCUUCCUCUCCCCUUCCUCUCCCCCCUCGCGCCGCUCCACGCUCCUGGUGCUAGUACAGCAUAA